AUGGCACCCGGAAUUACCUUCCGCCUUUCACCAGGCGUAUGGGACGCGCGGGUUGCACGUCUGGUUGUUUGUCUUGGUGAUCGGACCACAUGUUGUGCAGGGUCGACUGACAAAGGGACCAAUGUGGAAAUUUCCAAAAGUUCGUGUGUCCUUUUGUCUGAAACCCCUCGAGUUCAAAACCUCGUCGCCAAGGCCCUGGGAAGCGCUGACGGAGUGGUGUACGGAGGCUUGCAGCUCAGAGUCUUGGCUUGCGGGCUUGGCUGGCCAACUGGGUGCUUUGUACGUCUCCGUACGGACAAUGCUUCCAUCCUUGUAGCGGUAGCAUACGGAACCCAAAGUGUGGGUGGGCUGGGUCUUCGUGAGCAGGUGGCCAGACUUCACCGCGCUUGUUCUUGCGAGGGGUUGCAACAGUCCGUUAACCAGCAUGCAAACAGUUUUGCUGACCGAUGA